AUGGCGUCAUCACUACGCGCCGCGUUAAAAAAAUGGCAACUAUCAUGCAAAACUUAAAACGGAAUUUUACUUUUACGCCAUUUCUAAAUAUGGGGCUCCCACUUAGCCUCGUAUUGCCGUGUUAUUACGGUCGGGUACCCGUAUUAAGACUUAGCUCCAUGUUCCACUGUCCCCGGGGGACAGUGCAGCUCCCUUCACAUUAUCGACAAAUGUUUCGUUUCUUACCUGUUCACAGGAGUGAAACUCAUUUCAGCUCAAAUUUUAGAGGAUUCUCUUCUUCACCGCCUGCCAAAGAAGACUCUGUUGGGAAAAUCCAGUCAACCCAUUAUCAUCUCAUCUACACAUGCAAGGUUUGCUCCACCAGGUCCACGCAGAAAAUCUCUAAACUGGCUUACCAUAAAGGUGUGGUGAUCGUGACAUGUCCAGAAUGCAAGAAUCAUCAUAUCAUCGCUGACAACCUCAACUGGUUUUCAGACCUAGAGGGAAAAAGAAACAUUGAGGAAAUCCUUGCUGCCAAAGGAGAGACUGUGAAAAAGAUUGAAGGAAGUUCUGCUUUGGAGAUGGUGGUGAAUGAAUCCAGCACAGAGGAGACACAGCAAAGUGACAGCAUGAAAAAAAUUGACAAGAACUCAGAAAAUGUAAAAGAAUGAUCCAGGAAAACUUUUUAAAAUAAAUUUUUUCAGCUUCUCCCUUCCUCAGGCGUUGCCAAAGUGAACGUAGUCGCACAAAGACUUGACACUUGUUUUUAUGCCUGAUGCACUUCCUGUUUCAACCACAGACCACGAGCUACCACAGCUCUCUGUGUGGAGCAGAGAGCUGCUAU